CAAGCAAGUUCGACCUUCUCACAUAGGCAGGCGCUUAUCAUUUAACCGCGCGACCCCGUCUGAUCAUGGUACCUUUCUGCUUUGAACAACGAAAUAAAAAGAUAUUCUGUUCGUAGUUGCUGUCGUUGUUUCUGUUGGCUUUAAAUGUCAAGUAGGAACGAAUCCGUCGCGAUGGAUUACGAUAAAUUAGUUUUUCUAAACGUUGAUGUCCGACACUGGUUCCCAGAAAACAGCAUAUUGUCCAUUAGUACUAGUUGUCGCUUAGCCUGGCAGGUCGCCUCGGACAUGUUGCUUGAUUGACUACACUGAAAGACUACCAAAUAAACGGCGUGCCUGAAAACUGUGACAAAUCCAGUGGUUCGUGGGGUCCGAAAAACAGAAGAAGACGAAGACCGAAUAGGCUUGAGGGAUACGGACAAAGCUCGUGUUUAUUAUCUACUAUCAUUUGUUGCACUGAAUGACCAUAGACCUUUGCAUUUUCCACUGCUAUGUGGCGGCAAUAAGCCGAAAAUUCAAAUCUAGAAGACACCGUUCUUCUAGAGGAUCCGACGCAAGAACGCAGAUUAUUUGAAGAGCUGACGAUUCAAGAGGAUAGCAACUUGGAAGAGGAGUGGAAGAACGACGGAGUUCUUCAGCCACUCCCGAUCCAACGCCAUCUUCUAACGUUGGGAUGGCCUCGAUCGCAGGGUUCUUCGCUGGACAGAGUGUCUUCCUUACAGGGAUAUCCGGUUUUCUUGGGAAGGUUCUUGUGGAAAAACUGCUGCGUUCCUGCCCCAAUGUCAAGGCCAUUUAUGUGUUGAUUCGUGAGAAGAAAGGCACUCCUGCCCCAGAACGAUUGCAUUCAAUUUUGGCAGAAAAACUCUUUGAACACCUGCAGCAGAACGAUCCUUUGUGCUUCAAUAAGGUAAAAUUCGUUUCGGGUGAUCUACUGAAGAACGAGAUAAUACUCCGUAAUGAAGACCUGGAAAUGCUCCGCGAGAAGAUUAACAUCGUAAUACACUCUGCCGCAUCGGUUCGAUUUUCCGAACCGCUGCGUAACAGCGUCGAAAUGAACUUACGCGCUACAUUUAAGGUGCUCGAAUUCGCUACGACAGUGAAGAAUUUGAAGUCUUUCGUGCAUGUUUCGACGGCGUACUCAAACUGUCAUAUGUGCGAGGUCGACGAAAAGGUUUACCCCUGUGAUGUUGAGCCGCGACAAGUGAUGUCGUUGUGUGAUUGGAUGGCUGACGAUCUUCUUGAGCACCUUUGUCCUAAAUUGCUAAAGGAACGACCAAAUACGUACACUUUCACAAAAGCUCUUGCCGAAAACCUUGUAGCCGAGUAUUCGGAUAAGAUACCUGUCGCUAUCGUUCGUCCAUCGAUUAUAACAGGUGCCGCUACCGAACCCUUCCCAGGCUGGGUGGAUAACUAUAAUGGACCAAAUGGGCUUUUGAUCGCUCUGGGAACAGGUGUUCUAACGACACUAUAUACACAAUUGGAUUGCGUGGCUGACUUGAUACCAGUUGACUUCGUAGCUAAUACUGUGUUGGCGGCUGCGCACCGUACCUCGAACGGUUUCCGGGUGUACAACUGCACAUCGGGAACCCAAAACGCAAUCAAGUGGCGUGAAUUUAUGGAACAGUCAAUUGAUUUUCCUCAUCAAUAUCCGACAACCUCAAUUGUGCGGUACCCACACCCGAGAAUCACCUCCAACAAGCUUCUACACCAAGCUCGCCUAUUUCUUGAACAUUACGUGCCCGCUCACAUGAUAGAUGCUAUUUUACGAUGUGCUGGCAAAAAACCCGUCCUGUCGCGUCUGUACGAGCGGCUAGCGAACUCGAUGGGGCUGCUUGAAUUUUUUGCCACAAACGAAUGGCGCUUCCAUAAUGAUAACACACGACAGCUCUUCAAUGAUCUUAGCGAGACCGACCAGAAAGAGUUCAACUUCAACGUAUACACCAUUGACUGGGCCAGCUACGUCCACAACUAUUGCCUUGGCAUUCGCCAGUUCAUACUCAAGGAGGAUAUAGGUAACCUUGACCAGGCCAAACGCCAUCUCAACCGAAUGAAAUAUAUCAAUUAUGUAACCAACGCGGUGCUCGUGGUCGGAGCAUGGAAGGCAUUCUGUUCUGUUAUACCUUGCUCGGAAAUGACCGGACUUUGCUAAACAACAAAUGCGGUUUUACGGUGAAAUCGACAUUUUGCAACUGCCCUCAUCUGCAUGGUCCAGGCGCUCCGGAGUCCUUUUAGCAUCUUAGCAUAGAAAGACGAAAACCAACAUAUCAGUUCGUACUGGGACCAUGUUACGAUGACAAGGGUAGCCAGGGAUGACUUGACGAGCAACGCAGUUAUAAAACAUUACGCGGGUGACCACAUUUGGUUCAGAGGAGAACCACCAAAUAAAUUGCGAAAGCGAGAAAAGUAGACAGGUACGAAACGAAACGUCGGUAGAAUCGGGAUCAAUAGCAACGCAUCUAAUGCUUUUAACCUUCUCCGUUGUAUUGCUUCGUGGUUUUGGGCGGAGGGCGCCUUCUCAUACAUAAGGCAGGAGUACGCUGAUUACUUAAUAACAAUAGGUCGUGGAUGACGUCACGCACGUAAUUGUUGGAACCCUCGGCUGAGUGGCCAGAAAGGCAUAGGAAUUUUUUAUUUAUUUUUUUUUUAUAGAAACUUAUUUAACCUCACAAUACACAGUACAACAUCAGUGGCCGAAUAUUCUUGUUUAUAUAUCCUCGAUUUCACUAUUAUAAUCGUUAUGAAUGAUAGUAAUUGAUUAGUCGUGAAGACUUGAUAGAUUCAGCAUUAGCAUAUAGUUGAUUGAUGAAAUAGUUGAUACAUCGCAGAAUCCGAAAAGAAGACAACUUACCAUUGAUGUAAUACUGGUAGCGUUUAAUUUGGAUUUAUUUGUUUUUAUUUGUGGCUUUGAAUCGAAAUAAUCCCAACCCCCUAUGAGAACUGAGAUGUAAAAAACAUAUAAGAAAAAGCCCCUGAGAGACUGUAUUGUUUUAACUAUAACAUGUAUAUACAUAUACAACUGGUCUCCGAUCUGACACCUCGUCGUGUUAUAUCUUGUGCAUCUACAACCUCUAGCGAAUUAGGGUCCCAUAUUGGAAAGUGCGUUAGGCAUUUUUUGCCUGCGCCGACCCGUAGAAGGACUGCGCAGCACAAAAUAUUCGGUCACGCUAUUAUUUUAUGACUAACACAAAAAAAACCAAUAAUAACAAUAUGAUUUAUUAUUCCUAUAAUUAUAAUUAACUAUUUAACCAACGACAUUUAAUCCUUGAUGAUGAUAGUAAUGGUGGUAGCGGAAUCCAUAUUAUCCAUUGUCGCGUAUGGCCAGUCCCUUUUUACAUUGUUUUCAUUUUCUACUAACAACAAAAGGAGAGAAUAAAAUACUAUUUCGUACGUAUCCAUACACACACACACACACAUAUACAGACCUAUCUACAACGGUGCAAAGACAAUAGAUAAAGAUUACAGACAUAAAUAUAUAUCAGCCAAGCAUGAAUGUGAGAUACAACUAACUAACAUAACUGAAAAUUGAAAAACCACUAAAGGAGUGGCAGAAAGAGAAGAAAAAGCCAGUUCGAAAGGAUGCCGACAGCUGUCGGCACUAUCUUUUACUAAGAAAUGAAGCAUUUGUAGCAGUAUUACUGGUAUACAGAUGGCUGAGUGCAACACUUAGCUAGUUAAUGGUCGAAUACGAAAUUCGCGACAUUCACCCAGAUUUCUCUGUACAUAAACAUAUAAAUAAUAAUAAUAAUAAAAUAAUAUGCGGAUUAUGGAAAGAGUGAGGAUAGCCGAGAAUAGUUAAAAGCCCAGAAAGCGACAAGUUCAUAGGGGAUUGCAUAAACUGAUUGGUAGGUGGUGGACGUUUUCCAGAAAAUAAAACAAUUUUCCGUUUAAAUGUUCAAAGAUA